AGCACGGUGAUUACUAGGGUGCUGUGCUCUGUAACGUUAGGUCUCAAUGAAUGUUCCUCAGAACAGAAGACAACCAGGUGGAGGUAUCCAUGGUGUGGGACAAAGAUUUCUUCUGCUCAUGACUGCUUGAAGGAUGACAGACUGACGGAUUGGACUAACUGUAUUUGGAACCUAACCAAGUCGAUUUUAACCAGGCUUUCGUCGAGCUAACACAGCUAGCGCUAGCAAGCUAAGAAAUUGACGUUGUUUCCUUGCAAUGAGUUUGGCUGAAGUUGUUCACAGAAGAGUACAGGCAUUUACAACAAAGGCAACUGCAUGUAUGUCGCUGUAACAUAACUCUGUGCUUAUGUUAUGUUUUGGGCUUUGCGUUCUGCAGUCUGAAACUUUUUAAUUUGUUUUUGCUGAACGUUUGAAUUGACGCAUCCAUGGCUGUUUGGCUGGGUUGGCCAGUCCAAGUCAACGUUACAUUGUGUUAGCUGAAUCUGUAAACGCCUGAGCAAGAAAUGUUCGAUGCUGGAUGGCAUGGCAGCAAGAAUGAGCUGUUUCUUUCUUUUGAAUACAUAUCAUGUUUUUUGGAUGGACGUUUCCGACGUAAAUGACUGUCUCCGUAUUGCAUGAGCGAAUAUGAUUUUGUGACCUGCAUUUUGUCGACCGACCAGCUAGUUGUUUAGCAAGCUACCCAACCUUGUGUGAAGUCCUGGGAGUGAUAUCGGGUGUUGGCUCACCACCCCGCUUAGACUAACUGAGACAAGGCUCGCUAACUUUGAUUUUGCCCUUGCUGAAAUAUCUGGAUCGUUCGGCACCGCAAGACAGACCUUUCUUUUUUCUUUGUAUGUGCAUUUUUAAUAAUGGGGUCGCUUAAAGCUCUUCAAGAGUGGUGUAGGAUACAAUGCGAGGGUUACAACGAUGUGGACGUAAGGGAUAUGACAACGUCCUUCAGAGAUGGCCUGGCGUUUUGUGCCAUCAUCCACAGACACAGACCGGAUUUGAUUGACUUCGACUCCCUCUCCAAAGAAAAUGUCUACGAGAACAACCGCCUGGCAUUUGAGGUGGCAGAGUCCGAGCUUGGCAUCCCAGCUUUGCUGGACGCUGAGGACAUGGUGUCCAUGAAAGUGCCUGACCGGUUAAGCAUCAUCACAUACGUCUCUCAGUAUUACAACUUCUUCACCAACAAGUCUCACGCCAAUCCCCCCUGCAUGAAGAGACCCAGUGGUACAGGCCAAAUAGAACCAGCUCUGAAGAGACUGGUUGCCCCCCUGGAAGACAGAGUGGUAGAGCCUGAGACGGGCGUGGCGGGCGCCCCCAAACGCAGCACUCUGAGCAGCACCUGCGCUGCCUGCGGGAAGCAUGUGCACCUGGUGCAGAGGUUCCUGGUCGACGGCAAGCUCUACCACCGGAACUGCUUCAGAUGUAAGGAGUGUAGCAGCACCUUGCUUCCAGGAUCUUACAAACCCGGAAGUGAUGCAGGUUCCCUGGUCUGCACACAUCACUUCGCCAGGUCCUCCUCAACCAAUCAGAAUGGCAGACCGGAUCUUAGCAAACAGCCGGGAAUGCCUGCAAGGAUUCGUCCUAAAAGGCCUGAAACUCCACCCAAAGGGAGGAGCUUGGACAGACCAGCGCCCACUGAGAACGCUGCUAGUCCCCAGGCCACGGCCUUACCAGACCCGGCUACCAAAUCGGACUCUAUGGAGAGAGAGACAGAGAAAGAAAAGAGUGUGGCCGAGAGAGUGGCCGAGAAGGGAGGAGAAACGAGCGACAGCGUGAAGGAGGAGACGGCACCACCUAAGUCGUCCACUCCACCCAAUCCCUUCGACGAGACGGACGAGGAAGAGGAAGAGGAGGAGGAGGAGGAGGAGAAGAGAGGGCAGGAUGAAAAUGCGCAGAAGCCAGCACCGAGCACGUUAAACGGUGCCCCUCCCCAUGCUCCACUGGGCCGAGGUGUGCCGGAGAGCAAGCCCGUGCCUGCCCCACGACGGCCAGCCGAGGUCACGCCUCCUCCUCGCCCCGCCCCGAGGAACAUCCAUCUGGUGGUGACCAGUCCAGCAGUAAACGGGGAUCCAAACGAUCGCCGGCGAUCAGCCCCCGUCCCCCGCGAACGAUCACACUCCCCUGGAAGCUCCAGCCAAUCCAGUGACACCCCCAAACCCAAAGACCCGCCCUGGCUGGCUCUCGUCCAGUCAGAUACCAAGAAGAAACCGGCCCCUCCUCCCCCUCCUCCUCCCGGGCUUGGUGCAUCUCAACGCACUGGCCCUGUUCCUUCUCUCAAAGGUGAGGGCUCGAGGCCCUGCACGCCCCCCCAGUCCAGCAACCCCUUCGACGACGAUGAGGACGAGGAGGAGCUGGCCGAGGAGCUGGCGGACAGCUUGGCACCGCCAUCGGCGUUGGCCAACCAUCCCUGGUACAGCAUCACGCAGGCGGCAGCAGUAGCAGAGGCCUCCGGCACAGACACGCCUCCCUGCCGAACUAGCCCCGCCCCCUCGGCCAGUCCAGGAAGUGGCCGAAAGAGGCGGCCGGCCCCCCGACCCCCACGGCCCUCCACUACAGCUCCCUCCCUCUCUCAGCCCUCCUCUGCCUCUCCCUCCCCAGCCCUGAGCACAGAGAGCCUCUGCUCGUCCUCCUCUGACCACGGUCAGCCCACCUCCCAGCCCCCGCCCCCCCCUCCUCCUCCCCCUCCUCCGCCUCCUCCUCCGCUGGACCGCAGGAGCCCGCAGGUACGCACCCCUUCACCAAGAGCGUGUCGGAGCCCUCCAUCAGCGGCCCGUCUCCACCGCCCUCGGACUCCCAGCUGCAGCAGCGUCGCUCCCCGAGCCCCUCCGCGCUGCGUGCUCGCACCGCCCACCAACGCCAGCUCGGCGCCGCCCACGCCGCAGACCAGCCGCAGCGCGGGGCUCAAGGCGCCCAGGCCCCCGCCCCCGCGCCCCCCCACCACCUCCACGGGCUCUCUGUCCGCCGGGGCCUCGCCAGCCGAUACCCCCACACACAGCAAGCGCACCUGUAAGGAGAACCCCUUCAACAGAAAGGCCUCCCCCUCCACCCCCCCCACCUCCAGGCCACCCAAGGGCCCACGCCCUGCCCGGCCCCCGGCUCCUGGACACGGCUUCCCCCUCAUCAAACGCAAGGUGCAGUCGGACCAGUACAUCCCGGUGGAGGACAUCCAUGGGGAGAUGGGCGACCUGGAGCGCCAACUGGACGAGCUGGAGCAGAGGGGCGUGGAGCUGGAGAAGAGACUCCGCGACUGCGGCAACGAUGAGGAAGAGGAGCAUCUGCUGGUGGACUGGUUCACUCUGAUUCAUGAGAAACAUCAGCUGGUGCGCAGGGAGGCCGAGCUGGUCUACACGGCCAAACAGCAGAAUCUGGAGGAAAGACAGGCCGACGUGGAGUAUGAACUGCGUUGUCUCCUUAACAAGCCAGAAAAAGAGUGGACUGACGAGGACAAGAACCGUGAGAAGGAGCUGAUGGCGGAGCUGGUCACCAUCAUCGAGCAGAGGAACCAGAUCAUUAACAACAUGGAUCAGGACAGGCAGAGGGAGGAAGAGGAAGAUAAGCUGUUGGCAGCCAUGUUGAAAAGAAAAGAUUUCCACAAAGAGGGAGACGAGCCGAAGAAGAAAGGAGCAAAGUUUAAGCCCAUGAAGGUGUUGAAGAGACUGAGUCACAAGAGCGAGGGGCCCAAGGGUGGCAGCCCGCAUAAGGACAAGAGUUGAGCUGGACCUGAAGCAGAGCGCCAGGCUGUCCUCCUCCUCCGCAUCGCAGAAGGGACGCCACGAUCGACUGAAAGUGACAGAUGGAGAUGGAGAGAGAGUGAGAGAAAGAAAGAAAGAGUGCUCAGGAGAGGACAGGCACUUUCAGUUUGACAAGAUUUGGACUCCGACAACUGACCGCAACGUUCUUCCUGUGUCCGUUUAUGUUAUACUUCAUCCAAAACACAGCCAUGCAUUGUGUAAGAGUUUGGUUUUGGGGUUUUUUACGCUGCCUUUGUGAACUGUGUGUGAGAGAGAGAGAGAGAGAGAGAGAAAAAACAGGAGGCCGAUAUCGUCUCAAAAGAGCUAAAAACUGACCAGAACCUCGGACUGACGAGCCAAGAGAGUGGAGUCGAGGUGUGUGUAACUUUCCAAAGUGCUGUACUACCUUGUGAUUGUAUUUUACAGAUCAGAUCUUACCCAGCGUUUUAGAGAAGUAGCCGCCAAAGCCCUCAGAACCAUUUAGGAAGAAAAAAAAUGUAUUUAUGCAAUGCAAGUCUGAAGUUAUUGUUACGCAUUUGUAGGUGUGUUUUCCUUAUAUUAUGCUUAUUCAUUCACCUAGGUUUUAACAGUCUUGAACAACAUAUUUACCUUAUGUAACUUUUAAAACGGCAUCAGAUGCCAAAAAAAAAUGGUGUCCGUUGCAUCAUGAUGGCCGACCUGGGUUGCUAAUGCACCCAGUUAUUUUUGAAAUCUCUUUCUUCCGUUCUGUUUUUUAUCUAAUGAGGUAGCGUGUUAGUUUGAACGGGGCCUUCGUGGUACUGUAGAGCAGUGCGGUUCUUCCCUGUGGUCAGGCUUUAUUGACAUAUCAGCACCUACAUCUGACCUAUUAAGUGAUUUGCACAUUUAAGGUUUUAUGAGGACGAAUGGUUGACCAUGGCUAUGUACAUGUGAUGUUGGAGAAUCUGAAGAACUCUGAAAUCCCUAGUCAUCCAAGACCCCCCAGUCUGUAUGUAUGUCUGUAUAAUUCAGAUCUGUUUGUUAUCAAAUACCAUGCUCAUAUGCAGACAAUAGGAAAUUGUAAAUGAAAAAUAAACUGAAAAUAAUGACGUAACCAAUCCUACCUAUCAGACUGACAUGGGAGUGUAUACUGAGCUCCAGUCAUAUGCCGUUCUCAGUGAGGUUGUGAACUGACUUGAGCCCUGAUGCCCUCUGUGAUCUUUUAAAGUACUUACAUUUUAUCUGAGCUUUUUUAUAGAAGCUUGCAAAAUAUUUUAUUUUCCUCGAAGGUUGCAAACAAAUCUGUAAGAAUCUGCACCAUCAGGAAAAUAAGAUGCCCUACAUUGGCUGUCCAUGAUGAAUUUGAUCAUUUUCAACUGUAGAUAUGUUUAUUAACGUAUGCAUUUUGUCACAUGCAGGAAAACCCUUUAGUGCAGUUUCUGCAACAUUGUGUUUAAUUUAUAUAUUACACUGCCUUCAGUUUUUACUUUGUAACUCCUGUCUGUCAAUAACUGCCAGUAUGUAUUGGCCUUAAGAGAGGAAGAGGAUGAUGAUGUUUGCAGAGGGAGUGCCCUCAUUUUGUGCUAUUUAUAGACGAGUCCGGAGUUGUUUGUCUUGGUUGUUGUUGUUGUCGUCCUUUUGUUUUGUCUGACUCUGUUUUGUUCUCAUGUGUCUUGGUCAACAUGCAGGUGUGUCUGUAGUUUGUGUCUGUUGCUGUUACUCCAGCGGACAGGUUCUGCGGCGGGACUGUGAUCUCGUACAUGUCUCUUUGCCUGUCUGUCUGUUACUAAUACCAGAAGGGCUUUCGUUGCAUUUAAAGACUUUCACGCUACAUUGCAAUACAACAAAGCCAAAUACAGACAAGGAAGCUGAGAAAUAAAACUCAUUAAUCUAA